AUGGAUGAUUUGACGUUACUUGAUCUUCUGGAGUGCCCUGUGUGCUUUGAAAAGCUCGAUGUCACAGCCAAAGUCCUCCCUUGCCAGCACACCUUCUGCAAACCAUGUCUACAAAGGAUUUUCAAGGCCCACAAGGAGCUGCGGUGCCCUGAAUGCAGGACCCUGGUGUUUUGCAGCAUCGAGGCGCUGCCAGCAAACCUGCUGCUCGUGCGUCUUCUGGAUGGCGUGCGCUCAGGCCACAGCUCCGGCAGAGGGGGCUCCCUCCGCAGGCCCGGCGUGCUGACCUCGCAGGACGGCAGGAAAAGCAAGACCCACCCCAGAGGUCUGCAGGCCAGUCCUUUCCGGCUGGUGCCCAAUAUCAGAAUCCACAUGGAUGGGGUACCUCGAGCAAAGGCCUUAUGCAACUACAGAGGGCAAAAUCCUGGUGACCUGAGAUUUAAUAAGGGAGAUGUCAUUCUCCUCCGGAGACAGCUCGAUGAGAAUUGGUACCAGGGGGAGAUUAAUGGAGCCAGUGGGAUCUUCCCAGCCAGCUCCGUGGAAGUCAUCAAGAAGCUGCCCCAGCCACCUCCACUCUGCAGGGCCCUCUACAACUUUGACCUACGAGACAAGGACAAGAGUGAGAACCAGGAUUGCCUGACCUUCCUCAAGGAUGACAUCAUCACUGUGCUCAGCCGGGUGGAUGAGAACUGGGCAGAAGGCAAGUUAGGAGAUAAAGUAGGCAUCUUCCCUGUCUUGUUUGUAGAGCCAAACCUCACUGCAAGACAUCUCCUAGAGAAGAACAAAGGCCGUCAGUCAUCCUGCACAAAAAACCUGUCCCUGGUAUCUUCAUCUUCCAGAGGCAACACUCCCACCCUCCGCAGGGGCCCAGGGUCCAGGAGGAAGGGGCCGGGGCAGUUCUCCAUCACGACAGCCUUAAACACUCUCAACCGGAUGGUCCAUUCUCCUUCAGGGCGCCAUAUGGUGGAGAUCAGCACCCCAGUGCUUAUCAGCUCCAGCAACCCCUCUGUGAUCACCCAGCACAUGGAGAAAGCAGAUGUCCUUGCCAGCACUGCAGGGCAGGUCAGCACUUACCAUCCCGCACCUGCCUCCCCAGGACAUUCCACGGCCAUGGUCAGUCUGCCUGGCUCCCAGCAACACCCGCCAGCUAACAUGUUUGUAGCCCUGCACUCCUACUCAGCCCAUGGACCUGAUGAGCUGGACCUGCAGAAGGGAGAAGGUGUCAGGGUCCUGGGGAAGUACCAGGAUGGCUGGCUCAGGGGCAUCUCCUUGGUCACUGGGCGAGUCGGCAUCUUCCCAAACAACUAUGUCAUCCCCAUUUUCAGAAAGACCUCUAGUUUUCCAGAUUCCCGGAGCCCUGGUCUCUAUGCCACAUGGACAUUAUCCACCUCCUCUGUGUCCUCCCAAGGCAGCAUUUCAGACAGUGAUCCCCGGCAAAACCGUCCUUUCAAAUCUGUCUUUGUGCCCACCGCCAUCGUCAACCCCGUGAGGAGCACAGCCAGCCCCGGGACUUUAGGACAAGGGUCUCUCCGGAAAGGGCGGAGCAGUAUGAGAAAGAAUGGAUCCCUGCAGAGACCCAUCCAGUCAGGGAUCCCCACCCUUGUGGUGGGCUCACUCAGACGCAGCCCCACCAUGGUCGUACGGCCUCAGCAGUUCCAAUUCUACCAGCCGCAGGGGGUCUCCUCCUCACCCUCAACCGUGGUGGUGGAGAUGGGACCCAAGCCUACUCCUACUGGGGAGCCUGCCCUCACAUGCGUCACCAGAGGCAGUGACACCAGGAUCCACUCGGCAGCCAGUUCCCUCAUCUUGGAAGGCAAGGACAUCCCCAUCAAGAGUGAGCCUCCACUCAAACCACCUGCAUCUGCCCCACCAUCGAUCCUGGUGAAACCAGAAAACUCAAGAAAUGGCAUAGAAAAGCAAGUCAAAACCGUGAGAUUCCAGAAUUACAGCCCUCCUCCCACCAAACACUACACCUCCCAUCCCACCUCUGGAAAGCCUGAACAGCCAGCCACCCCCAAGGGGUCCCAGCCCGAAGCAGCCCCUUCGGGCCCAGAGAUGACCAUCCUAUUCGCCCACCGAAGCGGCUGCCACUCCGGACAGCAGACAGACCUCCGGAGAAAGUCAGCUCUUGGCAAGGCCACGACUCCAGUGUCCACUGUCUCAGCCACUCAGACCGUCUUUCCCAGCAAAUGA